AUGGCCGCCCUCGCCGUCGGGAUGGCUCGCUGCAGCGGCAUCCUCCUCAUCCUAAUUCUCUCCGUCGGGAUGGCCUCAGAGUCCGCGCUGGUGGGCGACAGGGAACUAAAAACUACGGGAUCCAGGCCGGCUAAUCCUGUGCCCAACCCUGAUGAGAGUUCAUUAUCUCAUAUCAAGAGUCAAGAUAUGUUAGCUGACAAGGUUGUGGACCAAUGGGAUGACAGUGACACUGAAAACUCCUCUGGAAGUGCAUCAUAUCAAGUUGUUCCUUACAAGAAUGUCCAGGGAGAAAACAACUUACCUGUGUUGUCUAAAAAAAGAAAAUUCAUUAUCAGUACAUAUUCUGUGCAAUGUAGUACUUGCAAAAAAUGGAGAGUUGUACCAUCCAAACUGAAAUAUGAGCAAAUCCGAGAGAAUAUUAUACAAGUUCCUUUUUCUUGCAAAUAUGUCCAUGGGUGGAAGCCACAAGUUACAUGCCAUGAUCCAACUGAUAUAUCUGAGGAUAAUGGCAUGGCAUGGGCAAUUGAUAUCCCAUGCAUCCCUCAGACCCCUCUUGGGUGGGAAAGGAAUAUUACUCUAAGGAAUGAACAGAGCACGAGAUUCGCUGAUGUGUACUAUAUCUCUCCCGCAGGCAUAAAAAUAAGAUCCAAGAAAGAGGUUGAAAGGUAUCUUGAAGACAACCCAGACUAUGCUGCUGAUUUACAUUUAUCUCAGUUUUCGUUCAAGGUACCUAAACCUCCAAAUUGCCCUCGUCAUUCAGAGCUUAUUGAACCAACUGAAGUGCCACCUCCGGUUCACGAGGAUCCCGUGCACAACUACAUGUCGGUCCCUCAUGGAGAAGCCAAUCUUGUAACUCACAUAGCAGUGACACUAGCUCUACAAGUACCAGUGAUUCUCUCCAAAAAGAGAAAACUAAACCAGUGA